UGGGUAAAGGGUGGGGGGGGAGAAGAAAGAGAAGAAACCAAAAGCAUCGUACACACGAAGCCAUCUUGGUUGCACCGCUGCUCUCUGGACUGCAGGACUCUUUUCAUUAAGUGUCUGGUGACGUGGCUCCAACAACAGUGGAAUUAUGUUCUCCAAGUCAAAGUGGCUGAUCGUGAUCCAGCUCCUGUUAAAUGAACACGCUCUGUGCAGAGUCCCACCGCCUCUGACUCAGAGGAACACGUUGCUUUCAGAAACUGACCUCCGUGAAGCGGUAGAGGAAACCGGCAAACAGGAGCAUCGGUAUCUCCUGGGAUCCCAUCUCCAGCUUAGUCUCUCAUCGGCUGAAAAGACCUAUCCUGUGCCAGUGGUUGUGCAUGAAGAGGAGCGAGUCCAGUCUGCCAAACAUAUGAUAUCAGGUCUCAGGGCGAAGCUUCAGGUGCAGUUUCAAGAUCAUCUGCAGGCUCAAGGGAACAUCAGCUGUGAGGAGCUGAUGUCUGCCAGCACCGUGAACGACCCUCUGUCCUCCAUGUUCCCCCAGGAGCUUCUGGGUCUCUCUCUGGUUCCUGUGCUGGUGGUGUCAGGAUGCCCCAAGGAGGCCCAGGCCCUGGUGCUGAAGCUGUAUGACCUGCUGGGUGUGGCAGAUACAGAGGAGCUACUGAAGGAGGUGCAAGAUCUGAUCGAGAGGAGGUUGAGCAAGUCAGCAUCGACAUUAGCUGCAUCUGCAAUGUCGUCUUCAGAGAAGGAUCAAGCAGGGCGCCGCAUAGACGCUGUGAUGUUCAACAUCGGGCAGCUGGCAAUGGUGGGAGCUGAAACAUCUGAGAAGGGGGGACAUUGUGAAGAUUGGACCAGGGUGAACAGAACCAAGCUGGUGGGGACAGCUGUGGAGGGAGCCACAGGCGGACUGGAGGAGGCUGUGCACAGCUGUGAGAGACUGGGCGCCCUGUGUGCAGGCGUGAGCAGCAGUGGAAUGCUCACACCAGGCACGUACAAGGCCGUGCUGAAGAAAAGCAGUCGUAUCCUGCCCUCUGACUCUGCAGGGUCUGAAUGUUGGAUCCGUCGGUGCAGUGAAGAGGAGCGUGCCUCCAUCCCUGGGCCGCGGAUGAGACGCAGCGCCCAGAGAAGCUGCACUAACAAACGUGAGGAGCGCGUGUACAACGUGGUGGAGUGGAUCCCUGCAGUCAGCACCCUCUACAACCUGGGCACAGCGGUGUAUUACGCCUCAGUGAACUGCUCCGAAACAGCCAAGGAGAGAGCCAUCCUGAGUGCUGUGGACCUGGGCACAGACGCUCUCAUGGUCGCCACAGGGGGCACCGCUGGGGUGGCAGGUUACGCUCUGGGUGCAGGGGUGAAGACCGGAGUGAAAGCUGGAGUCAGGUACCUGCUCAACUCCAUGAGGCAGGAGGACGACCUGCUGGUAAACCAGUUCAGCUGGGAGGAGGGCGUCACAUUCCAGUAGAGGGAGGGAUCAGUGACUCAGCCUGUUAAGUUUUAAUUAGUUUAGAAGGAUCCGUGUUUGUUAGUUGACAUGCUGAAGAGUAACUCAAUCGGUGUACCAGAUUUAAUAUAAUCUAGAUUAUAUGUGAAACAAGAUUACACUGUAUUGUAUGACUCAGUGGAUUAUCAGCAUCACAUCUUCAAAGGGGAAAAAAGCUUUUUCUGUUUGUGUGAGUGUGCGUAUAAACCUCACUCUGACACAAGUAUUCUUUAUUGAAGUUAAUGACAGCAACUUUCACUAAGUCUGUUGUUUUAAUUAAAUUACUAGUUUCAAAAUUAUCUAACCUACAAAAUGAAAUUGGGUAAAAAGUAGACUACCUUUUGCAUUACAGCAGUUGUAAUGAAUCUUAUUUAACCCCAGAAUGUGUUAACUUUAAACUGUUGGAAAUAUAUCUCCCUACAGUAACAAUUUAUCGCAUUAAGCAGCAGCAUUUAAAGAACAGCAACAUUUAAAUAGUUUAGAUAUGGUCUCAGGAAGCUAAACCCUUAAACCCUUUGACUCUGGCCUAUAUAGUGUCUCCAUCCAGUAUCUAGUCCAUGGCAGUGUAUUGGGGCCAUUGCAGGUAAAAUAAAUUAAUACAAUAUAGAGCAGGGUGACUUGGCCAAAAUAUUAUCAAACUUUAAAAUCACAUUAAUGGAUUAAUAUUUAUUUUAAGUUUAAAAAAGAUUUUUCAUCACUUUGUGCAAUGCACAAGAAAUGUAUCAAUAUUUACAUUAUAACUUUUGUUAUAGGCUAUUGCUACUGAUGGCAUUUAUAUUAUGAUUAUUCCUUUUUGGUGUUAUCACCCAGCCCCAGGUCGGGACGAUAAAAAUGUAAUUCUUAUUCUUUUCUCCAGAUAUUAUCAGUUUAAUUUUCAGGUUUAUUAAUGGCCCCAUUACACAGUCACACUAACUGGCCAUCCCACUUAUCUCUGUUAUCUGGCCUUCCUCAUUCCCGCUGUGGUCUUCCCCCCCAUCAAAACCAGGUUAUAGUCAGGACAGAAGUCUGGUUACUAAACUUUAUUACUUCAUAUGUUUUCUUUAAAUGUCAAUAAAUUGGAUAUUCAA